AUGGCAUCGUCGACGUCCGAAACGUCGAGAGGAGCGAAGAAACGAUCCGUUUUAGCCGGAAGGCGUGGUGGCGUCGCGAGUGGAAAUACAGACAUUCAAAGUGAUUUCACGUCGAGUCGAAACGGAGAGGAUGGUCGCGAUUCAGGCUUGUCCUCCGAGAAUUCGACGCCAGUGGGAUCACCGGUGCCAACGCAACGAAAAGCCACGAGCAAACCGAUUAACAUCGCCAACCCUUUGGUGAAACCACGCGUCACGGCUCUAACUGGAAGAAACGAAUGUGACAGAACGACGAAGGUGUGGCGGAGUAGGCCCGUGACUGAUUCACCACGUUCUUUAGAUGGCACUCGCAAUCGCCAUUUUUCAAGCCCUUUAAGAACAACAAAAAACAUUCAUUCUCCGAGUCUCGACUCUGGAGAUGAAGGAAGCCUCCGAGUUGAUCGUGAUACGUAUCAACACAUGUUUCAAGACAUUGUAUCUAUCAAAACAAUGCUUUUGAAACUAAAACGAGUUCUUCAGGAGGCAGAAACUCUCAACCCAUUCGAUAGUUCUGUAAAGAAUGGUCUCUUCUACAACCUGAACGAAGGCGGUACCGUAGAUGUUAGUACCUCUCCAGGCAGUGGAGGAAGUAGUAUUGCGGAUGAGCUGGCUGAUUUACGUAGGCAGGUUGUCUUUUUACAAGGCCAAGUGGAGGAUAGGGAUCGAACUAUACAAAUACUUCAGUUCCAGAUAUCAAAGCUUCAAGGACCUAACGGUAAUGGCCAAACGUGUGCUUUAAUCACUAAUCACAAGAACGUCUCGUCCUCCAAUACUUGCAAUGCCGCUACACAGACAGAGAAGCCACGUCCAGUGUCGGCAGGACCUUCACUCCUGCAAACACUCCCACAGGAAGAUGUUAUGGGGCCUCUGGUUAGAUGGAGUGACUCCUGGGAUCGACAUCAUCCUCCAUUGCUAGGAGAACUUAAUGGUAAUAGAAGCCCUCGUAAGUCGAUCGAUCGUAUACCGCGUACAAUAAAGUCUCGUCAAGAGGAAACCUCGCAUCGUCAGAAUGGGCAUACGGAUAAAUUGCCGAUGGAAAGUUCUUUGAACAAGAGAAUUGUUAAAUCGAAAGACUCGAAAUACAUCGAAUCGAACGACACGGAACAACAUGAGAUGAAAAGUGAGGGGAGUCCCGCGAAAUCAUGUAUUCCAACGAAUAGAAAACUUACGACACCGACUCAGAUACCACGAUCGGCCAGAGUUGUAACUUCGACAGGCCGAUCGCACAAUACAUAA